AUGUUAUUAAAUUUAUUUUAUAUUUUUAUUUUUCUUUUAAUUUUUCCCCCAUUCUCUCAAUCUGACCCAAAUUUAAAAUUAAAAAAAUGUUGUCAAAAAUUGGUAAAUGAUGAUAAAGAAUGUGUUAGACGAUUUUGUGAUUUUGAAGCAAUAUCUCAAGCUAAUGUAUUAAAUUAUCUGUCAACGUGCACUGACAGGGGAGAGACGGUAGGGCAUAUGUGGGACUGUGCGAGUUCUCGUAUUGACCACACAGAAUGUUGUAAAGUUUGUAUUUUUCCUAUUAGAAUAUCAGAAUAUUAA